UCAUAACUAGAAUCAAUACGUGGAGUGUGGGCGAUAGAUAAUAAGACGAGAUCUUUUCUCUCAGAAUCGCUCGCUCAUCAUCUAUUGGCCACAAUUGAAAUUGAAAACCCUAGGCGCCUCUUACAUCUCUAUCGAUCGGUAGGGCUGUCCAAACUGCUCGACGAUCGAGGAUCGCUUGACGAUCGCUCGAAAAAUGUUCGAAAAAUGCUCGUUCGAUUCCCGCUCAGUUUGUAAAUGAGCCGCUCAGAUCGGUUCGAUUCAAAUUCAAUCCAAGCAUGAGCAAAGGUGCAAGGCAAUCGGCUCUCAAGAUAUUGCAAGGUGGAGUUUCCAGAAAGUUACAAAAAGGGUAUUUUUAUGUCCGCGCAGGGUAUUCUCUACUUAGGGUGUAUCGGUUUACUGGGAGAGUAUUGUCCUAUAUCCUUUCAAGGAGGAAACUCCUAUCCUGUUGAAAACAGUUGGCUGUAUGCUUCGAGCUCCAUUAGAGAAUUCUGUGGUUGCAGCAGCUUGGCGCAGCUACCUUCAUUCCUUACAACAACUGAUUGCUCGUGUUUUUGCUACAAAAAUCUGUGAUCUAACACUUUGACUACUCGAGGAACCAAUAACAAUGGCUUUGCAGAACAUUGGUGCCAGCAACAGCGAUGAUGCAUUCUACAGGUAUAAGAUGCCAAAGAUGAUUACGAAGAUCGAGGGGCGAGGAAACGGUAUCAAAACGAAUAUAGUGAACAUGGUUGAUGUUGCUAAAGCUUUGGCUAGGCCAGCUUCUUACACUACAAAAUAUUUUGGGUGUGAGCUUGGAGCACAGUCUAAGUUUGAUGAAAAAACAGGGGUAUCACUUGUGAACGGUUCUCAUGACACUGCAAAACUAGCUGGUCUCCUUGAGAAUUUUAUCAAAAAGUAUGUUCAGUGUUACGGUUGCGGGAAUCCGGAAACAGAGAUACUAAUUACAAAAAGUCAGAUGGUUCAGUUGAAAUGUGCUGCUUGUGGCUUUGUGUCUGAUGUGGAUAUGAGAGACAAACUGACAUCAUUUAUCUUGAAGAAUCCACCGGAACAGAAGAAAAACUCUAAAGACAAAAAGGCGAUGAGGAGGGCUGAAAAGGAGCGGCUGAAGGAAGGUGAGGCCGCAGAUAAGGUACAAAAGAAGCUGCAGCAGCAGACAAAAGAGGCGGUGAAGAAGACUAGUAAAGAUAAGACGGCAUCAAAAAAGAAAGGUAAUGCUUCUGAUGAGGAUCGUGUUUCACCAGCUGCAAGCCAGGCUGGCGACAAGGAGAAUGGUUCUGGUGAGGAAGAUGGUGAUGAGAUUCAGUGGCAGACUGACACAUCAGCAGAAGCGGCCCGUCAACGCAUUCAGGAACAGCUUAGUAGUGUGACAGCCGAAAUGGUGAUGCUGUCUACAGACGAGCCUGUGGUGGAGGAGAAAUCCAAUGGCAACGCGGAGAAGAAGAAUCUCGUUGACAUGGCUAAGGAAUAUUUAAAGAAGGGUGUCGGUCCAAAGGAAAUGAUGGCAUCAUUGGCCGGCUCUCCACAAGAAAAUGCAAGCGCUCUUUACGAGGCUUUACUGGAUGGAGUGGAGAAAGGGUAUGCAAAACACGCGCUCAAGAAGAAAAACUACUUGGCUGCUGUUGUUGAUGGUGAGAGUGAUUCACAGUUGCUUCUUUUAAGAGCAAUUGAAGACUUUUGUGAGAAGUCAAACUCGAUUGCAGUGAAGGAAGUGCCGCUUGUUUUGAAAGCGUUGUAUGACGUGGACAUUUUGGAAGAAGAGUAUAUCGUGAAGUGGUAUGAGGAGGGAUUGAGUGGUGGGAACAAAAGCUCUCUCAUCUGGAAGAAUGCAAAGCCUUUUGUUGAGUGGCUUCAGAGUGCAGAGUCUGAAACCGAAGAAGAGUAAGAUGAUGUUUUAUAACUUUUAUCUUUGUGUUAUAUUAUGUUUUAAGGGUGGCUUGAAUUGGAUGUAUGUGGCUUGAUGUUUUAAUAAUAAACCAUGUGUGUUGUUUAAUGAUUGCUUACGUUUAUGCACUGCUAAGUUUGGAUA